AACGGUCGUUCCGAGCCGGACUGGACCGUACCGGGAGAUCAUUCACCGGGCAACUCUCAUGGACGAGCGCCGCCGGAGGAUCGAAAUAAGUGAGCAGAAUAGCAAUGGAUUACAGUGCCAAGUACCUGGUAUUUCUGGUUCUAUGCCUGGUAUUGUCCGAGUACGCGGCGGACGAUAAGUACCAAACGAGUCUUUCGAGGAAACGACGUUACGUCGUUUUUCCCGAGGGCUCCACAUUUUCCAUCGCUCUCUGCUUGACCGUGAACACUCUGACCCCAGACCAGAUUUUCACGGAGGGCCUUAACUGGGGUAUCUCCUACGACCUGCCUAACGAGAGCAAACCCGCGCUAGAGCCCUUCUUAGAGCUGAGGAACGAUAAAUUUAAGACGAGCAAUAAGCACAAUCGUUACGGUUCCACCGCGGUCGCUAAUAGCUACGGCGCUCUGAACUCUGGUUGGAAUAACAACGUCAAGCAACGCAUUACAGCUGGUAAAAAGAAGUACCGCAAGUCAGAGUACUAUUACUUAAAGAGGAGACAUCGGAGGGAUCUUUACAAUAAACUGGAACUCAUCAUGAACGCGAUGGGUUUUGAUGGCAGGACUUGUGUUUUACGCGCGCUUUGCGAAGCAUCCCAACGAUUAAUGCCAAAGGGCAACACCUUGAUAGAGGAAAUGAUGAGAAUAUCAUUCUCAUUACCCUUGAAGAGAGUGUUCUCCUUUGAGCCGCAGGAGCAUCGCACGUAUACCCAGGCUCACAAAGCCGGCCACGAGGGCAAGGACUGCGCGACCAUGUUUCCCGGGUGCAGUUUCUCCCUCAUCGACUUGGCGCUUGGGAAAUAUAACGCAUCCCCGUCCGACCGCCCCGGGGAUGCUGCGGACCACGCCGGAACUUUUGGCACGGAGGACGGGCCUGUCGUGGAUUGGCCGAGAUACAACAUGAGGUAACGCGAUGCAUGCAAACGGCAGCCUGAUUUCAACGCCGCGCGAACAUGGAGAACGCCUCCCUUACGAUGCCGACGACUCGACCUCGACCGACGUAAACGAUCACCACGGACGGAUUAGAAGGACGCGGGGUUGAUAGAAUUCGUAAUUUAAAACACGCAGAUGAGAAAAUCUUGCUGCGCUCGCUCGCCAAUCGCUGCCAUCGUCACGAAUGCUCCGAAUGUUUAUGUUGUACGAAGCGGCGAAGGCAUCGAUCAUAUAUUGGAAGGACAGCCUCUGACAACUGUACCUCACACGCUAUAAUAUUAACAUCAAUGUCCUGAUAAUUAACGUCGCUAUUCAGCCUUUAUAACUAUUAUUAAUAUCGCGUGUAAAAGCACAAGCGCGAAUUACGUUCAAACAACUAAUACGCGAUUUGCGGGUACAUCAUUAAACAGAAUGACGCGAAUAACAGAGUUGGAAGUGGAAAGUGGGACGCUGAAAAUCGGAGAAACAUUUCACAUGGCGCCAGCGAGAUGGAUAUGGUUGAUACGCCCCGUAACAAGCUAUAACAAUGUUCCUCGUUACAUCGUUAUCGUGCAUGAUAAUAUGAUUUAACUAAUUGGACAGGAUUGUACCGAAUUGCAUGACAGGGGCGGGAAACGAGAAAAAAUAUCGGGAACCGAUAGAUUGAAGAGGAGAUUGAGGAAGGAACGGCUUAAGGACUGUCGGAAUUCAAAGGAAUGUAUUCUAUUCCAUUUCUGCAAGUACCUCGCCAAUAUUGUACAUGAUAUUUUUAGAAUACUAGAAAUGACAAAACGCGCCCUUCGCGCGCGUAGUUUGCAGUUGAGUAUUGGUAUAUUUUUAAGAAUUU